AUCCCAUCUCUCUUCCUCCUUCACAAGAAUCUCUCUCUCUCUCUCUCUCUCUCUCUGGUUCCGACCGCCGCAAACCAUCACCGACAACCCACCUCUGCCUCGUUGGAAAAGCGAGAACCACCGGAAUAGUCGACUGCCAUUCCUUUUUCCUCCGAGAAAUCAUCUGUGAGCAUCCCUCUGACCAGCCUCCACCCUCCAACAACCUCUGGUGAGAAAAACGACGUCGAUAGUUGCCGCCGACCGUCGUGUAAGAAAUUCGGGAUAAAAUAGCCUUGAAAAUUCUGAGAAUUGUGGUUUCACUUUCAGAUUAAAGUAUUUGGGUGGUACUCCCAAUCUUUAAUCGGAUAAGACUCAGAAUUGAGAGCAAGAACUGAAAAUAUGGAUAUUAUGAAUUUCGUGAUUGUUGCUGUACCCAGAAAAAUGAUGACCAAAAAGAUUAAGUAGUUCAUUUGUCUGAAAACUGUCAAGGCAGUUUUCUUUGUCCAAAAACUACUCCAGCUGUCAAAACCAAUAACAGUCACAAAAACGGAUUUCGACCCUAGCCAGGGGCUCUGCCCCUUGGACCCCGCCAGGGGCUGCCGCCCCUUGGACCCCGCUCCCAGGGGCGCUGCCCCGGACCCCCGUUCAUUUAGGGGCUUCGCCCCUAAAUGACAUUCUACUUUGAAUCUUGAAUAAAUUUAAACAAGUGUGCACUCCACACCUUCCUUACUUGUUUAAUAUUCUUCAAGAUUGAUUUUUGGUCAACAAGUCAAUCCAUUACACUUAAAUACACAUUGAUGAUACAAAAUCACCAACACGUCGUUCACCGCCACUCAUCGUCGCCGUCCGCCGUCGCUGGAGCAGUUUUCCAGCCAGAUUUGAGUGGUAUUCUGAUCAAGCUCUGAUUGAGUACUAUUCACGCCGGUCAACAUCACUAUUCACCUGUCAAAGUUACUAUUCAUCGGAGUGUGAAACUGCCAAUUUUCUAUAAACCAUAUUCUCUUUGGUUUAUCGUAUGUGCUUCAACCAAGAGCAGGAGAAUGAUGUAUAGAUCUAUACGGGUUGACACUCCCACCUACGGUUACUAGCUACAACCUUGACUGUCGAGGGUAUAUAUAUGAUACAAAACGACGUAGUAUGAGAAAGAGAAAGAAACUGCAAAAUGAAGAAGCAAAUUCUGUCUUUGGUGUUGCUCUCUUUCUUUGUUGCUACGUCUUACGCACAACUUAGACAAAAUUUCUAUCAAACCAGUUGCCCAAAUGUCGAAUCCAUAGUCCGAUCAGCAGUCACUAAGAAAUUCCAGCAGACUUUCGUUACUGCUCCAGGCACUCUUCGACUCUUCUUUCACGACUGUUUUGUUCGGGGUUGUGAUGCUUCCGUCUUUCUGUCCAAUCCUAAUGCCGAGAGGGAUCAUCAUGACGAUUUGUCACUUGCCGGAGAUGGAUUUGACACCGUCAUCAAAGCAAAGGCCGCCGUUGACAGCAAUCCAAACUGCCGUAAUAAAGUGUCUUGCGCAGAUAUAUUAGCCCUUGCCACUAGAGACGUUGUAGCCCUGACAGGUGGGCCAUCAUACAAGGUGGAAUUAGGAAGGAGAGAUGGAAGAAUCUCUACGAAGAAAAGUGUCCAACACAAACUUCCACACGCAGAUUUUACACUUGACCAACUUAAUACCAUGUUCGCGUUUCAUGGUCUAUCUCAAACCGAUAUGAUUGCACUUUCAGGUGCACAUACACUUGGAUUCUCUCACUGUGGUCAAUUUUCAAAGCGCAUUUAUACGAAAUCUGGAAUAGACCGAACACUAAAUACAAAAUACGCUCUUCAGCUUCGACAAAUGUGUCCAGUAAAUGUAGAUCCUAGGAUCGCGAUCAACAUGGACCCCACAACCCCUCGCACAUUCGACAAUGUGUAUUAUCAGAAUCUCCAACAAGGAAAAGGCUUGUUUAGCUCUGACCAAAUCUUGUACACAGAUAAUCGGUCAAGACCAACUGUUAACCUAUUUGCAUCGAACAACAAUGCCUUCAACCAAGCUUUUGUGGCAGCCAUGACAAAGCUUGGCAGAGUUGGGGUUUUAACAGGGAACCAGGGUGAAAUCAGACGGGAUUGUAGCAGAGUUAACUAAAAAAUAAUGAUC